AUGGCAAUUUUGGGACCGAUUUUAUUGUUGACAGCCUAUGUACAUGAAGACGCUUGGAACCUUAUAAGAAAUGUGUUAUAUGGUGAAGCCACUGAUUACAAUUCUACCCUAUUUCUUGUAACUGCUCUGAAUAUUUUUUUUCAUUUGGAUUUGGUGUUUCAUGAGAAACAACUGACUGCCACUUUUGAAAUUCAGAAUGAGGGUACUGGAUUCAUGUUAUUACUGAAGGACAAUCUUUAUCCAUUUGUCACAGCUUUUCCUGUGAAAUAUAUACUAUAUCGAAACAUAAGAGCACCCUCUAUAGCAUUAGCAUUUAUCAUAGGCAUGUUUUUUGUUGGUUAUUUGCUGUUUCGAUAUAGUAAUAACAUGAAAUAUGCUGUUCGAAUUAACCCAGCUGAUUACAGAAUUAAUUAUAAAGAUUUAUAUAUAACUUUCUCUGGUAAGAAGCUACUUCUUGCUAAAACAUGGGGUUUUGUUCGGCAUCCUAACUAUUUGGGACACAUCAUCGUUUUAGUUACAUUUAGUUUUGCCUUACUCUGGAGUGCACCUUUCAAUGUAAUAAGCUUUUUGCCACUAAUUAUUAGUGUAAUAUUUCUACUACACCGAGCUGCACGAGAUGGUCGCCAGUGUGAGAAAAAACAUGGUGCCAGUAGGACGAAGUACUGUAAUGUGGUAAAAUAUAAGAUAGUACCACAUAUAUAUUAG